CUCUAUCGCCGGCCGGGGGUGGUUGGGGGGGGGGGGUUGAAAAGGAACCUCACUCAAAGAGAUUAUUGCCCCAAACGGACAAAGGCAAGCUUGGCACGACGUUAUUCGCAGGCCCUUUUCGGCGCGCAACUAUUUAGCAGGUGUCGAGUAUUACUUAUAUCCUCAGGGCAGUCGGCCGCGGCACCGGGAAUAGACGAAGCAGACAGUCAGCUCGCUAGUAAGUCAGUCAGACAGAGUCAGCUAGUGAGUAAGUCAGGUAGACAGACAGACAGAUAGACAGACAGGCAGAAGGGGAUGGGGUUGGCCAAAGAGACGGACAGGCCGAUGUCGCGAGCAAAAAAUAAGAUCACCGUCUGUCUACAUACCUACCUACCUAUGUCAUAUGGCCGAGCCAGGAGGACAUCUCGGUAUGCCCCCCCCCUCCACAACACAGAUCCCCCGUAGCAUUUCCAACCCCGGGCUCUCGGCUCUCGGACGACCCUAUCCGCAUCUACCGCACCCGCCUCCCCUGCCCAGAGUGGAGCUUCCAGGUUGUGUCUGUUUAUUAAUCAGGUGUGAAGAAGAGGAGGAGGAGGAGGAGGAAGCGGAGGAGGAGGAACACCCGCGGCUCAUUGAUGCUGUGAUCUCCUCCCCCCCUUUUUCUUCCCUGCUCCCUUUCCCCUGGCCUCGUCCCCUUCCACCCCGGCCACCAGCUACCUACCUACCUACCUACCUACCUACCUACCUCGAUGUACUCAUAGAAACCAGCAAUGGCGGGACUGAUGGAAGCACGCCUGCGUACAUACGUACAUACGCACGCCCUACAUGUCACCUUACCGGAGAUAGCAUAUGUUGGGUCGGGCGGCAGCAUCGCUAUUCCCGGCUAUCGUCGUGCCUACAUGUAUAUCGCCCUGGCCCCGAUUCGCCUUGGCCGGGCCGCUGCCACCGCCAACUAUUACCCGACUUUGUAGGCAACCCACGGGCCAACCAGCAUAUGCCUACCCACCUAGGUUAGGUACCUACACGCACCCACCCUACGGCCCUCCGUCCGGCGGAGCGGCGGGUCGACGCCCAUGUCGUGCAUGUACAAGAGAUCCCGCAUGGUGUCGACGACGACGGGGGAGGGUGGCCCAGAAGGGGAGACGGGAGGACGGGGAGGAGGGCAGGGUUCGUUGAGCACGUACCCGUGUACAUGAUUACGUAGAGAGGUACCUACC